GAGACAUGAGUGUCCGGACGGAGGACAGCAUCACCUUGUGCCAAAGGGCUCUCCAAAUCGUUACGGAACUUUGUCUCACGGGACACGUAGACCGGGAGAAAUGUUCGGAUAUAUUCCCGCUGGAGAGCAGCAUACCAGGUAAAGGACACGCAGGUAAAUGGAACAUUUAGUCCAUUCUUCUCCUAAUAUUCUCAGUUAAUCACUUCCCUUUGUUCUCCUCUGAAAUAAUGACACCUGGUAAUAAAUCGACAGCUUUCUCCGGUUGAAACGCGUUAAAGACGCCGAGUUUGAUUCGUUUUAACAUGUGGGACUGUUCUGAAAGUGUUUAUUAUCUACUUGUUACGCAUCUCGCCGCUCCUCAGUCUCCGCCGAUCAAAUGGCAACAGGUGGAAAACAGACGGAGCGCAGCUUCUGGAAAGGAUCAUCCUCUCAUUCUCUGGUGUUUUCGUUCUUUUUUCCCCCACUUUAUAAUAUUUACUAUCACUUUUAUCUACCUGUCUGUAAAGGGAAUUAAGCUUCCUUGAAUAUGACACAGUGCAAACUUUUAAAUAUGAGCCAGAUCCGGUGAUGCCAGCAGCAGAUGAGAGUUUAUAAUAAUAUUCUUCCUCUUAAUGUGAUUUUCUUGUUGCUCCUUUUGAAUGACUUCUCUAUAUUAACCCUGCUGUAUCAAACAGGUGCAUAUGCUGCCCCCUCUUUCUUACAGCUUGCUUUCUCUCCCUUUUUCUCCUUCUCCCUUGCAUGUUUGUGUGUCACAUUUUUGUCCUCCGCCUGCUUCCCCCUAUCCUCUCUGUGUGUGUCACCUUUGCCUUCCUCUAUGGGUUACAUGUAGACAUCUCUAUUAGUCUCCUUGCUGUGGUCGUGGGUUUCUGUGGCCUCGCCCUGUUGGUAGUCUCUCUCUUUGUUUUUUGGAAGCUGUGUUGGCCCAUUUGGAGGAGCAAGGCUCUGUCAGCGCACGCUGAAAAUGGCCUCCACGUGGGCUUCCCCGAGGCGCCCCCGCCCAGCUCCCCGCCGGCCACCGAGUGCAAAGUGGCCGAGGUGGAGAAGAAGCACCCGCCGGAAGUGAAGGUGAACGGACGGAGCUCAGUGAAGCUCCUGGAGGCGGCCAUGAAGAUCAGCCAGACGUCUCCGGACAUCCCCGCCGAGGUGCAAACGGCCCUGAGGGAGAAGCUCAGCCAGCAGGCUAAAAUCCAGAGGCAGACCACCGAGCCGACGUCCUCCUCCAGACACAAUUCAUUCCGGCGCCACCUGCCUCGUCAGAUGAACGUCACCAGUUUUGACUUCAGCAUGGACACAGUGCCUCUCCGCCAGUCUUCUACAGUAAGCAUCGGAAGAAUAAAGCCCGAACUCUACAAGCAGAAGUCUGUGGACUCGGAGGACGAGUCCAAAGAGCCCGUGGAGACGUGCGGGAAGCUCAGCUUCUCGCUUCGCUACGACUACGAGGAGCAGGCCUUGGUGGUGAGGAUCCUCAAAGCCUUGGACCUGCCCGCCAAGGACUUCACGGGCACAUCCGACCCGUACGUGAAGAUCUACCUGCUGCCCGAGAGGAAGAAGAAGUACCAGACGCGAGUCCACCGCAAGAAUCUGAACCCCAUGUUUGAUGAGACCUUCUGUUUUCCCGUGGCGUACGAUGAGCUUUGCAACCGCAAGCUGCACUUCAGCGUGUACGACUUCGACCGAUUCACCAGCCAUGAUAUGAUUGGUGAGGUGGUGGUCGACAACCUCUUUGAACUCUCUGAUCUUUCCAGGGAAGCAGUAGUGUGGAAGGACAUUCACGCUGCAACUACGGAGAGUAUUGACCUGGGUGAGAUCAUGUACUCGUUGUGCUACCUCCCCACAGCGGGGAGAAUGACCCUGACGGUCAUCAAAUGCAGAAACCUCAAAGCUAUGGACAUCACAGGCUCUUCAGAUCCAUAUGUUAAGGUUUACCUGAUAUGUGAUGGACGGAGGUUAAAGAAGAGGAAAACAACAACCAAGAAAAGCACACUUAAUCCAGUCUACAACGAGGCAAUCAUCUUCGACAUCCCCCCGGAGAAUGUGGAACAAGUCAGCCUAUCCAUCAUGGUGAUGGAUUAUGAUCGGGUUGGACACAAUGAGGUGAUUGGCGUCUGCCGCACGGGCCCAGAUGCCAUCGGCCUUGGACGAGAUCACUGGAACGAAAUGUUGGCGUACCCGCGGAAGCCCAUCACGCACUGGCACGCUCUGGGAGAGUGGCCCGGCAGAGCAGCAAGCUUUGAGAGUCAAGGUUCGUGUCCUUCGCCCAAACCUCCACAAACGCCGUAAUGCUCGCAGGUAGAGUCACGACAUCACCUCUGUAAGAAAGAACACGUUUGUUAAGAGUUGUCUCUUGAGAGCGCGUUGUAUAAAAAGAAUUCAUCCCGAUUUGUGUUUCUUACAUAUUUUGAUUGCAAUUGUUAUUCAUUAAUCUGAAUGCAAAUCUCUUGAAGUGCUCUACAGAGCUGGCUAUGCACAGCACUCACGGUCGUUCAGUUGAAGAAUUUGCUUUUCAUACGUCUGCUUCUAAAUUCUCUGAAGGUUUUUUUAUUUGCCACACAUUCACAAAGACCACAUGAAUGGUAGCGCUAGCUGCAACUCAAGUCCUUGCAACUACAACAUUUUCAAUAUCUUUGAGCAACCUUUUUUCUGAACCCUGGAGCGCUUGAGUGCGUUUCCGUUUACUUUGAUACGGCACAAAGUUAAAAGGGCUACGGUGCUCAGUGCCAUGAAAACAUUUACUUGAUAAAAAUAAAGUAGCCAGUAGACCGAGUGAGUCAGGUUCUGAUGGAAGAAUGAAAGGAACUGAGCGUUUGUCUACAAGGGCAAUGGGUAAAUCUCUCCGAAAAUCCAUCCAUCAGUCACAGCUGCCACCGAUGUGUAAAACAGGCUGUCAGACUUGAGAAAAACGUAGCAGGUGCAUGUAGCAACCGUAGAGAAAUAGACUUUAAUGUGUUUCUAAAAACCUGGAUGAACCUUAAAGAGAAACAAAAUCAGUUAUAUUUAUUUUUACACAAUUUCAUUUUGUAAUUUCAAAAUGGUAGAAUUAAUUAUGAAAAGUGACUCCAUUAUUAAACCAGUGACUCUGAAUGUCCAGCAAGUGUGUGGGUUAUAUGUUGAUGCAUAAAUUAACUACAUCCUAGUAACAUAAUGAGCUGCACUUUUGGAGAUACAGGUUACGACCACAGACUGUAAGAAAAGUGGACGCCAUGACUGCUCCUCAAAAGUGAUGUCAAAGCAAGUAGAGCUCCCCCUGGUGUCUGGCUGCAGUAAAGGUCAUAAGCUCCACCCCGUCUAUGUAAGCGGGUGGGACUUGGGUUUCUGUCAUAUAAGGUAGUUAAGUGGAGACAUGUCGCCCAUUUUUCCUACAUCCACUGUCCAGUAUUCCAUACAAAAUGUGAUUUAUUAUAUGAGAGUUUAAGCUAACGACAAGACAAGAGACUCCAUAAUGUCCCAUAACUAGGCCUGAGAGAACAACUGUAGCAAAACGUGUCAUUUUUAAAAUUAUCGAACAACUUCUAAACAUUUUCAGAUGCAAGUUUACAGGAAUAAAGAACGAUGCUGCAUCAUUUACAAUCUACAAGCACUUACUGGCCGCCUUAACAAAUGUGCCACAAUAUUUGCAUCAGUUACCUUUGACUAAGUUGAAAAGGGUAAAUGUCUAGAGUAAUCUCAGUUCAGAGUGAAAUUGGCUCGCAUAUUUCAUAUUUGCAUAUUUAUAUAUUUCCUGUAACAAACACCCAAAAAGCCAGCCUGCUCUAACUGGCCCCAAUGGCCCAAGUGGGUUCCACUCAUACAUUGGGAUGCCCAUUAGUACCCGCCCCCUUGUGCAGGAUGAGUCAUCAACAUUUUUAAACCAUUUACGAGGUAAUUACAAACCGUAAAAUACAAUUAAAAACACCAACAAAAAUACUUUUUUUUGCACAAUAUUUGGCAUAAAAUUGGUGCAUAGGUGACAUAUAGACAAAUAAAAACAAUGAUUUCAUGGAGGAGAAAAAAAUAAAUCAUUAUUUCUCCUGCAGUCAGAAAUAAAUCAUUUUCAGAUAUUAUAUUUAUUUUUAUAUUAAUCCAUGUGGAAUUAAGUUCAGUGCAUCUAACGCCGAACAUAGACUCAGCUUCUCUUAUAUGUGAGUAAUAAGAAACUAAUAAGAAACCAACAUAGCAAUUAGAAAAAAGGCUAUGUACUGUUAUCUUACUUGCACAUGCAGUAAUUGAUGCGUUCCCCUCCCCUUUGCUCUGCCCUUAAUAUUAAAAAGAAAUAUUUUUACUUGUAGCAUGCCUGUGUCCACUUUGAAAAACACUUACUGAGGGGAAAUGUGAGUAUUUCAGAUUUUGAACUUUGUGUUUACAGUUGUAUAUAUAUACCUGUCAAUGGCACUGUUUGUACAUAUUGAAAAGUGAAAUUUAAGAAUCUGUCGUAACUUAUGGACAUAGAGACAUGACAAUGUAUUUCUAUUGUUUGGUGAUUCUCUGAACAGCUCAGACUUGUACCCGAGUGAAAUUUAUACACGUUCUGUAUUAGUUGUGAACAAUUAGUCAGACUGGAAACCCAGUGAAAGCCAACUACCUUAUCGAGUUAUUCCAUGUUUAGGACUUUAGAGCUUCGAGCUGUAUCUGUUUGCCUAUUUGGUUGAAUCUAUAUCAAGCAAGAACAACUGCAACUACUGUCAUGAUGUGUACAGUUUGUGAUAACUUUUGUAACAAUUUAAAGUAAACAUUUGGGAUAUAAUUUAUUGUAUCUGUUUCAUAUGUAUUUUAACAACAUAAAUAAAAAAAAUAAGAGUCA